CAAGAGGUACAACAGGAAAGCCCAGGUUCGUAACUCCAUUUAAAGAAGGUAUGAGACCAGGUUGAAGCAGAAAGGGAACAAGCAGCAUCUACAGCUCUUAGCAGGAAAUUAUCAAACCAAACACGGGCCCUUUCGCAAACAGUGCCUUCGCCCAAAGUGCCAAAAGCAGCUUCUUGGACAGUAUUUGAAUUGGCUCCGCCUACAGGAAGAGCUACACUGAUUUCAUGCAACUUGAUCCCCCAAACUCAUAGUAUAGAGGCGCUGAAUCAUAUGGGAAUAAAUGGGCCAGAAAUCUGUGGGAUUACGCCUAGCACAGCCCUUGAAUAUCGUUUUCGUAUUUCAUCUAAUCCAUCAUCCGGACCGUCUAAGGACUGCCAGUCUUCUACUACCAGUUUUCUUGGCCCUUCUGACGCUCUCAAUAAAUUACAUUCCAGAGGCUGCUCCUUAGCAACUGAGCAGUGGGUAGAAAAUCACUGGUCGCUGAUACUCUGGAAACUUGCCGGAAUGGUAGCAUUGGACCCAUAUCAAGAAUUUGAUCCGAAUAAGCAGAGGUGGUGCUGGCGCGAGCUCUGCCGCCAACUUUUAUAUCGGUAUGAGCGCGAGUUAAACAACGCGUCAUUACCGGCACUACGAUUGAUCACCACAGGGGAUGCUCCGGCGUCUUCUCCGAUGGUACUAUGCGUCUCCGGAAUCACUUGGUCUGAGGCAGACGUCGACGAGGGCGGUGCGCCUGUUUUGUCGCACCCUCAACUUGAAGUCACAGAUGGGUGGUAUAGACUCAGGGCUCGCGUUGAUCAAGCCCUUGCAAGAGCCGUACGGAAAGGUACAAUUCGAGUGGGUAGAAAAAUAGCUGUCACCGGAGCUAGGCUUUCAUCCGAACGUAAAGAACCUGUGGAAGUCUUAGAAGCCUACAAUUCCACUUCGUUGGUGAUAACUGGGAACUCAUCUCACCUCGCUUCGUGGCACGCCAAGUUAGGUUUUCAGAGAAGUCCUUGGAUAUCCACAUUGAAUAGCCUGACUGCUGAUGGGGGUAAUGUGGCUGUUAUGGCUUUUGUGGUUAUUAAGGUGCACCCUGUGGCAUUCGUCGAGUUCAUUGAUGAGGACGACGGUUCAAGAACAAGAGAAGGACCCCGCACUGCUAAGGACGAAGCAGCAGUAGACGCGCGCUGGAAGGCAAGACGAGAGAAUCAAAUGUCCAAAUUAUGGUCCAUAUUCCAGAAGCGGAUGGAUACCAUGGAUAGCUACGCGAGGAAGUUGGAACAAAGGGCAGGCCCUUCAUUCCGCCCUAAAGAUGACGAUUCUCCACCAAGUCACAUCGAUAAUCUUUAUGAUGAUCUGGAAGAUGGUACACAAGCGAAGAGAGUGUUUGCCACAUUGGGCGCUCAUGACGCAGGCUGGCUUGCCCAACAUAUUCGCGAAAGAUGCACACAAGAGAGACUGAAGGCCGCAGAUGAUAUUGAACAGGAACUGCAGGCGAUACACAAUUUUCGAGUGAUUCUUGUCAAAGAUGAAUAUUUCAAGAAGCAUCCACCGAACCGCAAAGCUCAGCUGACAGUGUGGGAUGUGCUCAAUUUGACCUUUACAGAAGGCUUCGAGUCAGGAUCAUUCCAAGAAGGCCAGAAGUUUUUGGUGAAUGACCUUUCCCAGUUUGGGCCUCGGAAUGAUGAUUAUAACUUUGCAUUCGCAGGUAACCAAUUUGCAGCCAACGCAGCAACCUGCUUGGAUGAAUAA